GGUGUGAACCUGUCAGGGGGUCAGAAGCAGAGGGUCAGUCUGCAAGGUGCCGGUCUACUGCGACUUGCUGGUCUAUCUAUUGGCACGAUCCUCUGUCUGGCGGUCCGACGCCCAGAGCUGCUUGGGCAAACACAUCUCUUCGAAAAAGGUUAUCGGCGCCCCCAGGGCGUCCUCAAGGACAGGACUCGUGUCCUGGUGACCCACGGUCUGAGCUUCCUGCCCCAGGCAGAUCUGAUCCUGGUGAUGGUGGAGGGAGAGAUCACUGAGAGGGGCUCCUACCUGGAGCUGAUGGCACGUGACGGGGCCUUCGCUGAGUUCCUCAGGACUUACGCCAACAAAGAGCAGGAAGAUGACGAAUCAGACUCUGCACCAAAGAGAGGAUUGGAGAAUGGACUUCCUGCUGCUGUGAUUGGUCAGAACCAUACCAGUACAGCAGUGAGGACAGAAGGAGAGGUCCUGGGGAAGAAGGCCAAGAACGCUGAGGUGGGGAGAAUCACAGAGGCUGACAAGGCCAACACCGGACGGGUGAAGUUGUCAGUAUUCUGGGAGUAUAUGAAAGGCUAUAGGGGUGGUGUUGUCCUGUGUCAGUAUCUUUCCUGUUCUUCAGUCACCACUGUCGCCUCUCUCUUCUCUAACUACUGGCUCAGUCUGUGGACUGACGACCCAGUCAUCACGGAACCACAGCCCAGCAGAGAGAUGAGACUGGGGGUGUACGGAGCUCUGGGGGUCUCACAGGGCAUAGCUGUGUUCUGCUACUCCUUGCUGUGUCUGUGGGUGGUAUAUUAGCAUCCGCUACUCCACCAGUCCAUGCUGUACAACGUACUGCGCUCCCCAUGUCCUUCUUCGAGCGGCACCCCCAGCGGUAACCCUGGUGAAUCCGCUUCGCUAAGG